UAAUUUGCUGAGAUGUCAGCUGGGAAUUCUCCCAGGGAAAGCCUGGAAAUGGAGAGCUUCCACACAAGAUUCAGUGCCUGGACACCUUUCAGCAACAAGUCAUUAAAUCGACAGCUCUUUCAGGAAAGAGUUGCUCUUAUAAGUCACUGGUUUGAUCUCUGGACUAACAAGCAACGUCAAGAAUUCUUAUUCACGAUUUUUUUACGAUGCACUAAAUCACAACUAAGGGUUAUCCAAGACUGGUUUUCAGAAAGGAUGCAGGUGGCCAAAGUGGAUUUCUCUACAGUGUUACCACGCUUCAUUUCUCUAUAUAUCUUUUCCUUUCUGAAUCCAAAAGAUUUAUGUGCUGCUGCACAAGUCAGCUGGCCCUGGAAAUUUUUAACUGAGCAGGAUUGUUUAUGGAUGCCCAAAUGCAUUAAGUUUGGAUGGUUUCUGCCCUAUACGCCAACAGAUAAUGAGUAUGGUGCUUGGAAACACCAUUACAUUGCUUGUGUGUCCAACUUAGAUUGGCUAACCCCUAGGGAAGCUGCUGCUGUUUAUGGGACUCUGAAUGAACCCAAAACAGAAGAUGAAGAGCUACAGGAGAGGCAAAGAGAAAAGUGCCUAAGGAAAAUAGUUUGGGAGAAAAUUGCACUACAGAAGCAGGAGUUGUUCAAAGUUCGACCCCCUUGGGUGAGUGGAACAUACUGCUCUAGAUUGUUCAAAUCCAAAUGCCAGCCACGUCUCUCCCAGACUGUGAGGGAUCGAGUGAGAUUACAUGAAACUUUGGAGAAACAGCUUGUUUUGUCAUCUUUAGAAUCUUUGCCCAAGCGAAGCAACAUUUCUGGAUGCCAUUCCUACCCUUUAUUAUCAAAGAAGAAUUGGCGUGGAGUUUAUAAAAAUGACAGCAGUUCUUCAAACGCUCUCCAGCCACACUUCAUAUUAAUAUCAUCUCGGAUUCCUGCAUAUGAGAUGGUGGCGAACAGUGUUAGAGCAGGUAUCAUUUCUGUGGUAUAUGAACACAGUGGCCUAAACUUGGAGACCCUACUUUAUCUCAUAGAAAAAGCUCUGGAUGGGCAGAUGGCACAGAGUGUGGGAAUAUUCAGUGACGGAGAUAGCAGAGAAAUCAACUUACUCCAAGGCUAUAAAAUUGGUAUUAAAAAUUUAUUGAUGCCUGAAGUGAGAGACUUCUGGGAAAAAUUAGGAAGCUAUGUGGCCCCUGAAGAAGAAGGGGGUCACGUGGACCUCUUUGUACCACUUGGAGCAUCAGGUCAGUUUUGAGAGGUAGUGGUCAUACCUACUUUGUGAUGAUUUAUAAAAUGUCCUCAAUUCAAAUAACUAAGUUACAUUUAUUUUUUAUUUUUUUUCCUUAUACUUCACAUACUCAGAUAUUUAGGGGGAAAGGACAUCAAGGUUAGUGGUCAGAGUAACCUGUCCCUAAAGAAAUAGUCAUUAGUGGUAAGAGCCAACCAGAAAAAUUAUUUGUUUCUUCUGGAAAACACAGUAAAAUCAGCCUCCACAGUGCAGGUGAAAAUGCCAGACCAGCACUGGGACCAUGAGCAGCCUGUAUGAGGAACCUUCCCUGUUGGGUUCAGAAUCUGGAAGAAGUGGGCAUGAACUUGGUGACCAGGGACCUGGACUUCAAUUCCACUCAUGUGACUUGAGCUGUGUGGUCUUAGGCUAGUUUGUGGACCUCUGUUUCCUCAUAUGAAAGUUAGGAUAAUAAUAUCUUACCUUAUUGGACCUGUGAAUAUCAAAAUACAUAUAAAAUACUCAAAUGUUGAAGUAUCAAAAAAUGGUGAAGUGCCUUGUAAAGAUGAGUGUGGUAACUUAUCAUUUUAAGUGCCUGUCUAGUAUCAGCCAUAUUUAACAUAAAAGCUCUGCUUUCUUGAAUUCAUGGGCUAUGUUUUUUGUUUAUUUCUUUGUUGUUGUUUUUUAGCUAAGCAGAACAUGGGAAAGGAAGUGUGGAAUUAAAGUUUCUCAAACUGUUUCUUGCUACCCACUCCUUAGGGAACUUAAAUUUAGUUCUUAAUCCUUAGAUUUCAUUGGACUAUUCAAAGCAGGACUCUGGUAGGAUUCCUCUAGGCAAAGGAAGUAUAGCAAACAGUUUAAGAGAAAAUGAAGUACAAAUUAUUGUAAAAAGAUAGUUUUUACAAUUACUACAAAUAUAUAAUCUCAAUUAUGUAGAAAAUAGGGAUAGACAACUCUAGGAGGAAAUAUAGCUCACUAUUAACUGUCUAUCUCUAGAUCUGUUAUUUCAAAUUUUCUUUUAAAAUCAGUUUGAAAAGGGUAAGUUACAAAGAAUGUGGAAGGUGUGACCCCAAUGUUUAAAAUCUGUGUAUGUGACAGGGAGGGUGGUGGUGGGGUGUGUGUAUAAGAAGGGUUUGGAAGCAUAUAUAUCAUCAUGCUGACAAUAGUUGGAUAAUAUUAGUGAGUUUUCCUUUCUUUUAUAUUUUCCUUUUUCUUUGAUCUUUUUUUGGUCUCUAUUUUCUGUAGUGAACUAGUAUUACUUUUAAAAUGAGAGCAAAACAAAAUUUUUAAUGGGAGUGGAGGGGGGAAAGGAUGUUAAAAAGUAUCGUAUUGAAAGGCCAAGAGAAUAUGGGCAAAAGGGAAAAAGAACAGUAGAUUUAGUGACACAAAAAUGGUCUCAAGUGAA